AUGGAAGAAAACGCGGGCAACCAACCAGCUAAAGAUAUGAGUUUCAAAGAAGGGGAAAAAAUAAAAUUAAAUCUGAAUACCCGUCGUACAGGGGAUGAUCCGAAUCCCAAAUCAAAAGUUACCCGCCCCCUUACUUAUGGAUUAUCAAGUGGUCUACUGCCCCCUCCUCCGCCACCGGCAGUUUCUCGGUCUCGUGGUAGUCGCGUUGUAGGAGAUACCGCCCCGUUAUCUGGUAACUUAUUGGACAGUGACCCGUCACAACCAAACUAUACAAAUACUGUGUGCACACCGAAUGUUCCAUCAACCACUUCAAACGUCGACCUUCUAAGUGAUUUCCUCGGGAAUUCUGGGCAGUUCUGA